GGCUGUAAAAAACCCCGGCGCUGUCUGCUGUGACGGUCAUGCUUAGUUUGGUCAGGAAACUGCAAUCCAAUUCCCCUCCAUGUAGCACGUCUGUUGGACGGCUCGGAUGGAACGCGACGAAGAGCGAAUUGGGGGUUGGGGCAGUUUUUACAAAAAGGAUGAUGCUGGGCCAUCUCGGCACCGCGAGUACAAUAAUGUGAAUCACUGGAGCCUGGCAGCUUUUACACCAGCACAAUCAGCCGCUGGUUGAGGAAGUGGGGCCCGUUGACUAUGGAAAUGAGCUAUCGACGUCCUCUGUCAUCUCUGAAUACAUGCUGCCGAUGAAGAGCUCCGGAUCCGUCAUGGCGCUGUCGUUGUUCCCACAGCAGCCUGAUGGCCCCUCUCGGCAAACGGCUGAGAGCAAACACUCCUGUGGCCGCUGUGGUGACCAGACAUACCUGCUCUCUGACACGGAUGGAGAUGACAGAGCUCCAGGAGGGCCUGGAGACCUGCGGGAGAUAGUGUUCGUCAUCCAGAGUCAAAGCAACUCCUUCCAUGUGAGGCAGGCAGAAAGACGGAGAGCAGACUUACUGAAGCAGGCGCACAGUCUCGCCGAGAAACCACCGGUGGUUUUGCUCUCUCACACCUUAUCAGAUCACGAAGGAGACUGGAGCAUCCUUCCUCUGCUGCCCAACUUAUCGUACUCCUUUGGGAAAAACUCCUCAUGGUUUGUAUUCCUUGAGGAGGAAACCCAUGUGAAGCUGACUAAGCUGGUUGAAGUCCUUGCGAAAUUCAACAAGAAAAAUGAGUGGUUUCUUGGGAAGCCCCUCCACGACGAGGAGUCCACCAUCAUUCAUCACUACGCCUUCGCAGAGAAUCCCUCUAUCUUUAAAUAUCCAGACUUUGCUGCCGCUUGGGCCGUAAGCACGCCGCUUGUUGUGCGGCUUGCAAACAAGGUGAAAAAUGAGCCGCUUAAAUCUGACUUCACCAUCGACCUGAAACAUGAGGUCGCUUUGUACAUCUGGGACAACGGGAACGGCCCUCCCCUCACCGCCGUCCCUGAGCUGUGCACUGAGCCGGAGGACUCCCACGAGACCCGCCACUGUGCCACCACUCUGAGGACCGAGCCGGCUCUGUGUGGGGAGCCUGUUAAUAAAGAAGAUGUGUUUGUGGCUGUGAAAACGUGUAGGAAGUUUCACAAUAAAAGAGUUCCAGUGAUAAAGAAGACUUGGGAAAAGGAUGCUUUCUUUUUAGAGUACUACAGUGACUACGCCGAUGCUUCGAUACCAACCAUUAAUUUAGGAGUCCCAAAUACCGAAAGAGGCCACUGUGGGAAAACCUUUGCAAUCCUCCAACGGUUUGUAAGCGGAGCCGUCCCAGAGACCAAGUGGCUCCUUGUCGUGGAUGAUGACACGCUUAUCAGUCUCUCCCGACUUCAAGGCUUGCUGAGCUGUUACGACCCCUCUGAACCAGUGUGUCUAGGGGAGCGGUACGGCUACGGACUGAGCCAAGGCGGCUACAGCUACAUCACGGGAGGUGGAGGGAUGGUGUUCAGCAGGGAGGCUGUGGUGCGACUGCUCGACAGCGGAUGCAAGUGCUACAGCAACGACGCGCCGGAUGACAUGGUGCUGGGAAUGUGCCUCAAUGCCCUCGAACUCCCCGUCACACACAGCCCCCUCUUCCACCAGGCACGCCCGGAGGACUAUGCCAGAGACUUCUUAGCACAUCAGGUGCCCAUCUCCUUCCAUAAACACUGGAACAUCGACCCCGUCGCUGUUUACAACAAAUGGCUUAAAGGGGACUUGCAGGCGAAAGCUUCGGAUGGACUUAAGACGGACGCUAAGACAGAGUUAUAAUCGGCACACUCAUACAGCGCGCCCAUAUGAGUGUGCAUGUAUGAAGAGUCUGUGUGUGUGUGUGUGUGUGUGUGUGUGUGUGUGUGUGUGUGUGUGUGUGUGUGUGUGUGUGUAUUCUAGAGUCAUGGAACUGAAACCAUUUCCUUCACAGAUAUCAAUGUUUUUGUAUUGUUGGUGUUGAAGUGUUUUAAAGGGAGACCGUGACUUAAUCGGUAAGUGUCUUCAUGGAAUGAGAUGCAUGUUGGUUGGAUGUUGGUUUGGAAUUAUAAAUAUAAUAAGUGUAUAUUUAUAUCAUAUGAUUAAUUUGAAUCUUACAAAGGAGAAUUUUCUUCUCUGGGAGAUAAAAAAAAGGGUCUAAUGCUGUACAGGGGGCUCUAUUUUGCCAUAAAGAUAUAGAACUGAGACUGAAUUGUUUUGUUAUGCUUUUCUAUUUGUUUGGAGGCUUAUUACAGGAUUUAGUUUAAAUGUAUAAAUUAAAAGGUUCAUUGGAGCCACAACUGAGAUAGUGAAAGAUGAACUGUUUUAGAGCAGCUUAAAGGCAUUAAAGCUUUCUGAAGGAGGC